AGUCCGUCCUAGCAGUCGCCUUUGCUCCAAAGUCCAAAGUCCAAAGCCAGAAAUGCAUGGUGUGUUGCGUCUUGCGUGCAGUGUGACUGUGUGAGCACGCGAGAAGCCCUGUUUGCAGACCUCGCUAGCCCAGUCCCUUCUCGAAACUUCCGGCCACCAAAUGUCGGAGGAGGGCAGGCUCCUCGCCGGCGCCGGCGAGUCCAUCCUGCCGCCACGGCUAGAGGACGCCGGCCUGGAGGACUGCGCUCUGCCGCCGGAGUCCAUCGCCGAGGCUUUUUCCCUCGCUGCCAUGGCCGUCUCCUCCCGCCUCCCCCACCUCUCCCUCUCAGACGACGAGGACGAGGACGAGGACGAGGGAGAUGCCCCCCUCGCGCCGCGCGGAGGCUGCGUGGAGGAUGCGGGACCUACAUGCGGCUCCAUCCCCGACGCCCUCGUUGGCGCCGGAGGCGGGCGUGUGGGCGGCGCCGACGAUGUCGUCGUCAUCGGUGGCGGUGGAAAGGGCGGAGGCGGAGGCAGCGACCAGGUGGUAGUCGUAGGGCGCGGAGACGAGGAAGAUAGGGUUGUGGUGGUCGGGGAAGAGCUGGGGGAGAAGCUGGGACAAGAGAAGGGCUGCGUCGAUGGGGUCAGAGAAGAGGAGGACAUGGUAAAGAAGGCGAUCUUGGUGGAAGAUUUCGCGUGAGCUUUUUUGUUAGCUUUGUGUUGGGAUAUCUUCCUUGUUGUUGUUGUUGUUUGCUUGAUCUCUAGUGUAGUGUUUGGAUUUAAGAUCAGAUCGUAGUAUGGUAGUCUCUGUUUGUGUACGUGGUGUUAACGGUGUUUGGCUCAAGAACUAGUGCACUGCUGAUGAUAGUUGCUCUUAUCCUGCUGAAUUUGUGCUCAAGUUAGUGGGGAAAAA